ACAGCCCGGGGCCCACCAGUGUUCAGUUGUGGGUGGUGCACUGCGCGGGACACUAGUGCCACGCGGGAUAGUGCUGCUGCUGCUGCCUCUCUCCCUCCGCUCCUGCCGCUCACCUCCCUAUCCCGCCGCCACAAACGAGCACCUACACCUGGCUACCAAGCGCGUUUUCACUGUUUACAUCACCGCCACCAUCAACCACCACUAACAACAACAACAACAACAACAACAACAACAUCAACCACAAGAACAACAACAAUACCUUAAAAAAUCAAGCAGAAGAAGAAGAAGAAGAAAAGGAAGCCGAGCAGGAAACAAGCAACACCAAACAAAACAAACACUACAACAAACACACCAGAGAAAAACAAAAACAUAUCAGGAUAAAAAAGAAUAAAAAAGAAUAAGAAAGAAACAGAGAAAACGAUACUGGUCAAAUCAAGAGGCCACGGGAGUCAAGCGAUGCACAGAAGGGGUCCUGUCAGAAGGUGAAGAAGAAGUCGUGAACGUAAUGGCGGUGCGGGGAGGGGCAGGCCACGGGAAGUCUGGGCCGCCUAUGUCAAAAGGCUGCUUCCUGCUGGCGGUGGUGAUGUUGCUCCUGCUGCUGCUGCUAGAUGGAACACAAGCUUUCGCCGCACGCCAGCCCUCUCUUGCACUGGAGAACAACAACAGCAACAACAACAACAACAAGAGUGUCAAAUUCAGGGGCUCCCGCGCAGCCUUCAUGCACCCGACAGCCAUCGUUUUCAGCCCUCCCAUUAAGAGCUCCGAGACACCCCAGCAGCCCUCGCAGCACUUUAGCGGCAGUAGCAGCAGCAGCAGCUUGCCAUCACCCGGUGGCUUCAGCAGUUCUCCUUCUACCUAUGACCAGCUGCACCAGCACUCACGAGGCAUUCCCAGCAUGGCCACUCCCGCUGUCACGCCCGGGCCAUUCAUACCCCGUCAGCACACCUGGGAAGCAAGGAGCCACGGCUUCAAUUCACAGGGCACUGGCUUUGGUUUCGCAAUGAACAGAGCUCACCUGAGGCCUGCCAAUGCCCAGUGGGACCGCAGCAGAAAUCCCACGUUAAUGGAGGGCAGCGCAGGGUGGGCAGGAAUGAAGGCGCCUCCUGUGCAGACCAGAUGGCCACGCACCCAGCACACACCUGACACCUCUGACUCAGACAGCUCCUUCGUCCGCCACGAUACUUUCGGUCACCAGCUGAAGGAAGAUCUGUCACACCGGCAAAACAGGCCAACGGCAUGGCGGAAAGAAAUAUCAGAGGGCGACUCCCCGCUUGGUGGGAUGGGGAGAGGGCCCAUGAGGCCAGGCCCAGGUUUUAGUGAAGGGACCCCGCAUCAGACGAAUCUCUGGCCCAUCACCAGAAACGUUGAGGAAGAGGAAGUUAGUGAAGAUGAAAGAAAUAUGUUUGAUUUCAACGCGACUGCCGAGUACCAACCCGAUGACUACAAUGCCUACCAUGAAUACGACCACGGUAACACCUCCUGGCGGCCAGAUGAGCACGACUCACAGGACCGGAGAAUCCUCACCUUCCAGCACGUCAUGGAAAUCCAAAACCUCGCAUCCCAGGCAGAUCUCCACGCGAUGUUGGACCAGAGAGGCAUCACCUUCGACGAACUGCGGACGUUUCUAAGGAAUGGAGCGCGUAAAAAGGACGUUAUUGAGUUUCUAAAAGCACCAACUUCCUCUACAACCAUUGUCACCACCACGCCAAGUCCACCAGUGCACUCAUAUCCUCCCAAGUACCAUGAGGCGUCAGUGGUCGAGGAAAGUUACCAAGAUGACGUUACCAGGCAUGCAUCCCUUCCUGCGAAUGACGACGACGACGACACCGACCAAGGAAAUAAAGAACAAUCUAGGAAAGGCAGGAAGAAAGGACGGCAGGGCAAGGGAGGAAGGAGAAGGAACAAAAAGCGUAAGGAUAAGAGGCGCCAGAAAGAGGGCGCGUCAGAUGUAACUACAUCACCUAGCCUACCCGACACAACACAUACUUCUGAACCAGUCCUCUGGAUUCCUAGCACUCCAAGGCUUCCUGGAACUAUUUCCACCACCGACGCCACCAAAGCCAUCUUGAUGCCCACUACAUACUCACCGACGCCCGACACUAAGGUUACAUCACUCUCGCCAGUCAAGACUUCCAUCGUAUCUGUGAGCGUGAUGAAGGCACCCUUCGAUCCCGAGCCUGGAACGCCUAUCGAAACUACCUUCGUCGAAGCCGCUGCGCCUCCGAAAAGGCAAAAUACCCACACCAGACCAGACCUUAGGGAAGAAGAAAUAUUCAGGGAAAUGAUUACUGUACCUCGUCCUGCCACACCGUCACCCGAGCCCGAACAAACUAUAAAUGAAAUAGAGAAAGUCAAUUUCGUGCGUGAGAAGCAGCGUGACGAUUAUGUGUUUCCUCUCCGCGGGCUGCUCAUCAUUAGCGGCCUGAUGGGGGCACUGGCAGUGUUCACCCUUGUGGUGCUGAUCUCCUAUGCAGUGAUUAAGUGCUCCAAGAAACCUGUGGUUAAUAACUACCAGGUAUCGCAGCAACAGAAGUCUGCCGGCACGUGAGCCAGGCACUCUCAGGGUUGGGGGGAAUGGGCUGCCCUCGCUAGGAAAUUGUUCAUCCUACUGACUCCCGGAGCAAGCACGUCCCCGGGGCACAGGACGCCUAUCAGUAUUAUGCAGGCGAGUGGUAGUGAUGCGUGCAUCUCACCACACCCACCUGCAACAUUCCUUGCUGGACAAUGAGAACUGAGUGUUUCACCGUUAACUAUCCCCAGUCUUAACUAAGUUAGGCUACAGUCUUCUAUAUAAAGUUUUGCUUGACUCACGAAACUCAAAACCAGAAAACCAUCAUUAUCAAAUCCAUCCGUCAAAUUCCAAACAAAUAAGCUACAACCAUGAGAUUACACAAAUAUGACUCUAAGAAUAGACAUCAACACGACCCACAACAAACCGCCGCAACCUAACCUACCAUUGCUGUCCGGUGCAGGUGAGCCGCGAGGAACACAGGUAUUUGAGGGAGCCUACCACUGAGCUCUCCACUGCCCUCUAGAAUCACGGGUUACUGGGAACUCGAGUAAUUCAUGUCUAAACGCUAUCACAGUGUAAGAAAACUGUAGCACCUCCAUCGGAACCACUACAUACACAAAGAUAAUAGAAUUUUCUACCACAGACACGGUAAACACAAGACACAACACUGAUGCACUGAGCACUGAGUAGAAGCUCCGGUGUGUUGUUCGGAGGUACUUUUAUGGUCUUACUUUUGUACAUUUCACUUGUAUAUUCUUGAUUUCCUAUAUCUGAUUUGUAUAUCUUUAUGGUUCUUUAGAAUUUGUUAUUGUCUACAUUGUAUCCAUGAGGCUUCACUCUUUAUUUCUUUAUUGAGAUGUUCAUUUGUUUCUAAAUAAUCAUUAGCUUUUAGCUUUCCUCAACGUUACCAAUUUUUUAAGUAUAUUUUUUUUCUUAUUUGUAAUUUUGUACUAUUAUUUCUCACCUUUUUUAUUCCGUUUUUUUUUUUUUUUCACUUGCUUCAUUCAUUCCUUCACGUAUAAUCUCGCCUCAUGUUUGUGCGAGAUAAAUGUAUAUAAUUUGCGAAAUAAACAGCAGGAAAAUUUAAAUAUGCAAUUUCCUAUAUGUGACUCUUGUUGGAAUGAAUUUCGUAUAUAUCUUUUUUAUAGGACAUUGUAGUUGUAAUACACCAUAUUUAAGGCUUAUAGUCUUAAUUGCUAUCCUAAUUUAAGUCGUAAUUUCUCCAAUUGCAUGUACAUAUUAAUUAAUAAAUGGUUUAGUAGAUAAUGUUUUUUUUUUUUCUUUUCUUUAUAAGUGGGAUUGACUAAAUAAUUAAGUACUAUACAGUGGCAGGCAAGAUUUUCCGUUUUAAAUAUGCUUUCACUGCUAAGUCAUCUCGUGUGUGUGUGUGUGUGUGUGCAUAGAGCAAACAGGUAAAUAAACACUAGUAGAUUAACAAACUAAUAGACAAAAGAAAAAUAAUAAUAAUUAAUUAAUUAAUCAAUUGAAAAAAACAACCACAUCUACUUGAAGCCCAAAUUCAAUUAUCAAAAUACUGGAAAUGUUGAGAGCUACAGUACAUAAUGCUUGAGAAAAUUGACAAUGACAGAGAAAAAAUAUGCAAAUAGAUAGCAAUAACAACAUCAGGGUUUUGCAGCAGUACACAAAAUCCAAGACAGUUAUUGCUGAUGAAAAGGCUGGUUGACACCUCAAGAGACCAGCACUGAGGUAAACCUGAAAAGCAGAUUUUGAGAGCUAAAUUGCUAUUAUCUGCAUAAAAGUGGAUUCCAUCAGCAUCAGUUACAAAUAAGAUGCAGUUGUACCAGAACCAUAACCAAUGUGAUGCAAUGGAAGGUGUUCAGGAUCUGAGUACAUAAGUUCUGAGAUCAUUAAGAAUGUAAGCAUGUGUAUCGAUACGUCAGUGUCUGUGUGCAUAUACACAAAUACUAGAAAAUCCUGACGACAUUCAAAUGUUUUCCUUUUCUCACUUGUAUACUUCCUUACAGACCAUGGCUUCAUGCAACAAAAAUGUUUAUACAUGUAUGGACAUGGGUUAUUGUGCAUAUGGAUAUUAUGAAAAUAUAAAAGAAAAUCCCUACAA